AUGCAUAAAAAUUACAUCGGUGGUAGAGACAAAAGUCUUGGAAAAGGAGGUGCUAAACGUCAUCGUAAGAUCAUUCGAGAUAAUGUUCAAGGAAUAACUAAACCGGCGAUUAGAAGACUUGCUCGUCGAGGAGGCGUGAAACGUAUUUCUGGUCUCGUUUAUGAGGAAACUCGUGGUGUAUUAAAAGUGUUUCUUGAAAAUGUAAUUAGGGAUGUGGUAACUUACACGGAAAAUGCAAAUCGUAAAACAGUCAUGUCUUUGGAUGUCGUCUAUGCGCUUAAACGUCAAGGACACACUCUUUAUGGUUUCGGUGGUUAA